UUCACUAAAAAUUUUGAAACUUUAAAGUUAUCAAUUGUGCAAAACUGUAAAACGCAAUUAUUGUAUUUGUUGCAUUUAGAUGCAGCACUGUUAAUAAAGCAUGGCUUAUCCGUCAUGUAAUUUAGUGGAGGCUGUCGUUGAUGAAGUUGCCUUAGAAGGUUUAGACGGCAUUACUUUACAAGCACUGUGGAUGCGAUUAGCAAACAGGUUCAAUGAUACGCUGCCAUACCCUAAGCCUUUCAUGGAACAGAUAUGGAUAAUAUGCACGAAAGUAAAGGAUUUUCAGUUUUACAAAUUAGAAUCAUCCCGAGAUCCGCUUGUGAUAUUUGAUCGUUAUGAACAUGUACAUCCUGAUCUCGGUAUUAUACAAGAACCACCAAUUGUUCCACCAGAUAUUUAUCCCCACUGUCCUAUUCAAGAUCCCAAGACAGGUGCAAGGGGAUCUUGUUCUACAUAUCAUACAAGAAAAGAUAUCACAAACAAUGUGACAAAUGUAGGUUUAGACGAGGUGACAGAAAAGUAUGGACGAAGUUUGGUGAUUGUAGCAUCUCAACGCAUUAGAUCACGAGCUUUGAUGAAUGUCGAAGUAAGUCCGACAUUGAAACUGAGUAUCAUGCACUAUUGCUUCUUAGAGAGAGUAGGCCGAUCUCGUUACCAUGGUGAAGUCACUCAAGGCAAACUCAGCUUAGCUGCGCUCAAAGAAGAUCCAAAAACUUUGUUCUACCAUCGAAAGUUUCUACUACAACACAAGUUGAUCACGAAGCAAAUCCAUCAUCAAAAGAGCGCCGGCCAUUGUAACAGUGGUAGUCUGUUGCAUCUACCACGAUUCUAUGUAGAACGAAAGCCAAAAACGAUUUAUCUGGCCGAACAAGUGGUUGAUAUUCUACGAUCUAAAGACAAUGGCGUGGCUGAUUACGAUGAGAUUAAGAAGAAGCUUGGAAUUGGUAAUUCUAUCAAGAAACUGUUUAGAAUCGCUGUUUUUCAAAAAAUCGUAAAGACAGACAUCCGUGUACCAUAUAGAACAUUGUAUCCUAAAGCAGAGCCUAGUGAAUGGCGGCAAAAGCAAGAUCCUUCGAAGGAGAAAAAAAUUAAAGUUGUCCAGGUGUUAUAUCCAGAUGUGGAUGUUGCUGAUAUAUGGAACAAAGAAGAAAAGGAAGAUGAUGAAGACAUUGUUGAAUUGGAUAUAUCUAAUCAUUUGUUAAAUGUUCCUUAUUUGAAACAAGCAAACGAUGUUAUUGAAGCUAGUCAAGCCGAAGGUAUAUCUCAAGCUAAUUUGGGAAGACAGAUGGGUCUCACUAAAUUACAGUCUAGGUCAUUUAUGAGAAAUGUGGCAAAAGCGGGUAUCGCUGCAACAUACAUGAAUGACAUGGGUCGGCAAAGGAUUACAAAAUAUGUUUCAAAGAAAUACGAAAAAAGCAGCAAAAUGAGUAAGCAAUUUAAUAAAGAGGUACAUAAAAUUAAGGAACUCUCCAAGAAAAUAACCAGUAAACGUAAAGAUAAUCUGAAGAACAAAACAUCUUUGCAAGCAGAAAACGAAAAGCACUCAGCAAUCCCAACAAUCCACGAUCAGACAAGUAAAAAAUCCUCUUCUGAUCAUCACGUUGAUAAAAUUGAUGAUAUUGAUGCACCAAUUAUUGAUAAAGAUAAGAUUCUUGAUGAAGAGAAAGAUAAACGUGCAGAUGAAAACUGUGCUAGAAAGGAAACAGAAUUGAAGAAUUUGUUUUAUGUUGUCAAUAGAAUUUUAUAUAAGUAUCGAUUGUCAAAAAUUCGAUCUAAAUACAGAUGUACGACGUCAAAAUCUUUAUUAAUAAAAAGAAAAUAUUUCGAUACCAAUGUGAAGAAGAAAAAGAAAGAAAAGUUUAACAAUUUCAAUACGUCUUUGCAGCAAAUAAUUAACGAUGCUAAAGCAACGUCGUUUUAUAAUAGUAUAAAGACAAAUUUGAUAACACAAAAGCCCAUUCGCACUGGAAAAGGAAUUAAUGAAGUCUUUGGCUUUAUGGAAAUUGUGCAAAAUACAGAAAAGAGAAACUCUAAUAUUACAUAUAGAUUGUUAAGACGUGCCAACCUGAUAAUCGAGGCAGUGAAAGAAAAUCAAGUGAUUGAUGAUACAGCAAAACUUAUGAAGAUGAUUUACGAGGAAGAAGAUAAAGAGGGUUACGAUGUGAAGAUUGAUAAGAGGUCUCUCAUCAGACUAUUACAGAAACUUGCUAAAGAUAACUUGGUGAAGAACAUCAAAUUGACUUUGAGCGCAAAUGGACGUGAGAAGAAUUUGACGUUUAUUUGUGAUCCUAACAUUGACACUAAUCAUACUGUAAUUAAAUCAGCUGUCGAGCAAGCGAAAGUCAAAUUCUGCUUAUUAGCGUCUCAAAGAAGAGUGAAGAAGACAGAUAAGCAGGAGAAAGCAGACAAGUCGCCUAAGGAGCAAUUGCAAGAGCUCAACAAGACAGCGACUAAAUUAUCCUCCAUUAACUAUAAGCAUGAUCCUAAAGCUGGCAGACGUUACGGUUUCAGCCCGAAAUUUGUCAGGAUGCGAACGAUACACAUUCUACUAUUCUAUCUGGUCUAUGAUCAUCCUGGCAUACCGAAAUUAUCUCAGGAAAAGCAGGUGGAAAUGCUCAGGUCUAAUGGAUACGAAAUCAGCGAUGAUCUCAUCCCAGAGUUCAGUACCAUUUACAACACCGAAGUAAAUUGGAAGAUGUUUAUUCCACCUUUACCUAAACAUAAUGGAUGGUCCGAAGGUUGGGCGUUGAUGUGCGACGUUCUGUUAGGGUUGCCCUUGUCGAUUUUCACCAAAAUACAUAAUGUCCCCUUUGCGAUCCCGGAUUUAGAUCGCUAUUUAAGUCAUCCAAUCAGACAAUAUUACCUCGUCAAAAACCUUCCAGUUACUAUACGCAAUAGCUUAUUACAUGCACGGAAGUAUAUAUUCAAUAUCCAUGACACUAUCACCAGAUUAGGCUAUCUUGGUCUGGUGCAGUUUGGUCCGCAACGGUUGAAAGACAAAGAUCAAGUGUUCAUCUAUAUUAACCGACGCACGGAAUUGAUGGACACGACUUCUUCGGCACCGGGCUAUCAUAAGAUCGAAGAUAAGAUGUAUCCAGUGACUAAAUACUUCUUCGAUCGCACACGAGCCGUUGAGAAAUAUUGGUACGAAAUGUGGACUAUUUGCGUUAAUACUCUACUUGGCGGUAGGCUGGUGGUACAUGGCAAGGAUAUUCUACUUGAGGAUUUAUGCAAGAAGGCUGCUAUGAUAGAAGCAGUUGCAGCACGCAAUCCUAAAGAGGUCGCAGAAAGAGAUAUCGGUUUAAUUCCCGGAGAUCAUAAAGGAGCGGCUGGUACUGAUUCAGCUCUCUUCGCUCAUCUGAAACGCAAUUGGAAUUGGUCAAGCAAUAGUACUAAACAUCCCCAGCAAACUUCUAGAACUCAGGGAAAAUCCAAUACAGGCCAACGAGAUUUGCAUUUAUCGAAAAUUCAAGUAAAGCCAAUUAAAUAUACGGAAUAUGAUGGUUUGAAGAAGAUUUCGGGACCACCGCCGCCGCCUGUCGUCAGCGCGACCGAAUUGCAGAAGAAGAUACAGGAGCAGCUCAACACCGCCGGACGGAAGUACGAGGCUCUACCGUCAUCGCAUCAAUCCAAAAGGCAGAAAUCCUUUGUGCGACAUGUGGUGCCGCGCAAGAAAAGUGCACGGGUCAAAUUCGAUGAGGACGACUAUCGGGCGAUGCAGCGGAUGAAUAAGCUACGAGUGGAAUGGGACACUCACGAAGAUAACAUCCUGCUAGUAUGCAAAGUAACGUCGACUUACUUGUCGCCGAAUCCACGCAAGCAGAUGGUCAGUUUCAUAACGAUACGAGAUGUAUUGCGAACAUAUUCUUACAGCUCGUACAACAAGACUUCGCGCGCCUGUCAGCGCCGGUUGAUGUACAUGUUGCGACAACCACGCACGGUGAACAGCGUCGCAUUGGGCGUCGAAGAGAUUAAACAAGAUCCGUUCGUUGAUAAACGAUACGGCGGCGCGAUGGAGAGAUUGAAGGGCGAGUGUUCAAGCUCGAUAGAGUAUGAGAAGCGAUUAAUAGAGAUUUUCAAAGAGCUUGUGGAUUAUAUCAUGAAAAAGUAUUACGACAUUGCGGAGAUUAAGCCAAAGAAACAUAUGGCGAUGCCAAAGACCGCGCAAGAAUUUAAUCUUCUUUUCGAAGUGGUCCAUCCAAUAAAACCGCAUUAUAAUAAGGGCUUUACGAAGGAUGUGCGAAGCAUUACUGAUAUUCAUUCGGCGAUUAUUAAUUCUGUUAUACAUAGUUCCAUGUGCUGUGGAAAGGAUAGGCGUUCCUGGGCCUAUCAACUCUUUAUGGUGUAUCAACACUAUUCAGAGGCCCUUCUAAAGCAAGCAAUGAAUAAGGUCAAAUCAGAUCAAAUGGUAACAGUAAAAAAGCAUCACUUGGCAACUAUUAAGAAAUAUGGCAACUAUAUGCCGAUGAGCAGCUCGCAGUAUCAAUUAAGCAUUAACUAUAUCCAUAGAUUUCAAACUAAAUGGACUUAUGAUGUCUUUAAGGAUUCUUACAAUGUCUUUGUAAAAUUAUUGCAAUGGUAUUCUGAGCAAAGAAAUAUUGUCCCCUCACAGGAACAAGAAACAUUUAACGGUAUUGAACUUCCAGUUUCCAGUGGCAUUGUCGCUGCUAUGCAUGAUCUUUUAGCACAUAAUCAAAUUGACUUUGAUAUUGAGAUGCCGGAUCAAAUUAUUAUGUUAGACGCGAGAUAUCAAGGCAAAGAUGAGACUUAUUUUAGAGCUGCCCAAAGAUACCAAGAUAUUUUAACAAGACUUUACCGUUUUAAUCUUGAGAGUUUUGAGAACGACAAUCAGAAUGCUGAAGUUUCUGGAGUUGAAACGGAAGAAACUUCCCAUAAGACACAAAAAGAUUCUUUGAAAAGGAAGAGACCUGUCGAGAAUGACAAUUCUGAAAAACCAAUGAAGAUUUUUUGUAAAAACGAAGAAAGUAAUGAAAGAAAACAAAAAAAUCAAUCUAAGAAAAGUGAAGAUACAUUGCUUGACAAAAAUAACAAAGACGAAGACACGAAUCCGAAGGAUUGUUGUUCUAAUGAUCAAAGUAAGAAGAAAACGCGUACAAAUCGUUCUUCAAGGAAGAGAUCUAAUAUCGAGGAAGAUUCUAUGGACUGCGAAGGACAGUUCUUGAAGAGAGCAAGACUAAACUCCGAAAAUUCGAUAGAUUUCGAGGAUUCAGAAGAAAACGAGGAAUCGAAGAUUCUUGAAGAAUUAUAUGAAGAUUUUGGAAGCCUCGAUAAAAUAUUUUUGAAUAGCUCCAAAUCAGUUAAAUCAAUGAAUGAAUUAAAGGAGCAGAUGAAGGAAGACGAUUCUUUGAUGCAGCCGAGCAAUAUAAUCGAUAUAACUCGGAUUUCUCGACGUGUCAGUGAGAUUAUCAAGAACAUGUCACCUAAGAUGAGUUACUUUAGUUCUUGCAACAAGAUAGAGGCUACAAAUGACGUCCAAAAGAAAUAUACUAGAAUAUCCAUGCUGAGGAUGAAGGAAGAGCUAAACGAUCUCUCGAUGACCGACAGUCAUCACGCACACGAAUAUUUCGUAGUUAAUAGCUUUAGGAUAUUCUAUAGCUUGGAAUUAUCAUCUUCAACUAUAGAAACAUUAAACAACGUUGAGAAUUUUCAAGGUUAUUCGGUGCCUAGUCAAUUAGUACCGCUGAAGAUCGAAACUGUAAACGAUUUUCUCAGCGAGUUAAAUCAGACUGCAGUUUUUCCGAAGAACGUUGUUUCUUACACGGAUUACAAAAACGAGUUUAUGACGAAAAACAAAGAAUUAACUGAAGCAAUUAACUGGAAAUAUGCCGAUGCGGUGUAUGAAUUCGUUCAGGAGAAGAAAGAAAUCGGCGUCUGUUCGCAGGAACUGCUGGAUGAGUUCUUCAAUAAACAAGGAGAAAAUUUGUACAAGAUAGUUUCGCUUUUAACAGAAAAUCGUAUAUUUGUACGUUCUGGUGUCACCAAACCACGGUAUAUUCAUCAUCGUUAUGUGGAUCCCUGGUUAAUUAAUUCCUGUAAAAUAUAUCGUCUUGAACAAGAAUCCUUAGUGCCAUUUAAGGAUAGUAUAUAUUCCACAAUGCAUCAAGGGAAAACAACUGAAACAAAUACUGAGAUAGAUGCAAAAGAUACAAAUAUCGACAAUGAAAAAGAUGCAAAUGAGAAACGCGAAAUAGAUAGUGCGAUACCUUCAACAUCAUCGGACAAUCAAGACAGCAAAGAAAAGAAAAACACAAAAAUGGACAAUGACGUAAUUAACGAGAAGGAUGAGAAGAAGGAAGAUAGCGAGAAAAGCAAUUUACAUACAAGAAAAAGAACGCAUAAGCAAAAGACACAUUUACUUCCACAAAAGGAUGUGUAUAAAUCAGCGCAGCAACUAGAUUUUACAACUGUCGAAGAAAUAAAAGUUGCAAUAAGGCCAUGGAUACGUAUAGACGGCGUACUAAAUCGUAAAGUUUUAGAUCGAAUGUUAGGUGCAGUCCUGAGUUAUUGCAUGCUUCAUCCUGGACUCACGAUGGCGAAAAUGCAAAACAGAUUUGUUCCCGUUCUACAACCCUAUCAUACACGUGAAUUAGUUGAGAUGCUGGUCAGAUUGGGAUGUUUAGAGAGUAAGCUCUUGAAGAAAACACGCGUUACUCUAUUCUCUGCACCACCUACAGUUAAUAUUAGUAAUCUAACUGCGGACACCGUUGGUUGGUCCACUGAAGAUGAAAUAAUACUUGAGUCUACCAUAGAUGCUAUAUUGAAAUUUAGUAUAUUCUUGAGUACGAGAACAUAUAGCGCAGAUUUUAUGCCGUAA